AUGGGUCAUAUCCACCACAUCAACGUGGCUCACUUGGUUGGAUUUUGUGCUGAUGGAUUUGUACGAGCUCUUGUUUACGAGUUAUUCCCCAAUGGUUCCCUGCAAGAUUUCAUUUCAUCUGCAGAUAUUAAGAAUUCCUUCCUUGGUUGGGAUAAGCUGCAAGAUAUUGCCCUAGGCAUAGCCAAAGGAAUUGAAUAUCUUCACCAAGGAUGUGAUCAACGAAUCCUCCAUUUCGAUAUCAAACCCCAUAAUGUUUUGCUAGACCAAAACUUCACUCCAAAAAUUUCUGAUUUUGGUUUUGGCCAAGUUAUGCUCUAA